AUGUCUACGACAUCUCCAUCCCCACCUCCGAGCCUGCAAUCGGAUGAAGAUUCUAGUGAUACUAUUUCGUCCGAAUUUUCAACUGACGUGGCUCCACGUUAUAUUUGCAACAAUUCAGAAUCUAAAAAGAAUGUAUACAAAGUUAAUUCUCUCACUUCCCAUGGAGUAGAAGACAUACUUUCUGAAGGAGUUAAUUAUAUAACCCAAGAUAAUACAUUUCCAGAUUGUAAGUCUGAAGUAAUUUCCUCAAUAACAAGUUCAUUUGUGCAAGAUUUUAACUCGACAGAUUCAACAGGAUUUAGUAUUCAUGACAUUCUUGGACUUCAACAGUCAUACCACGCAAGCACUAUUCAAGAAGAAUUGGAACCUAGAUAUGAAUACCAAAUACAACACUAUGACAAUAUUAGUAACAGCUCUAAUAAUAACUAUGCAUCAGGUAAUGAAGAUGCUUUGUCAGAUCAAUGUAUUAGUAAAAAUGACAACAUAUUUACCACAAAUGAAUCAGAAAUUGGAGGUCGGGAUAUUUACCAAAGAAACGAAACCACUCGAUGUCUUCAAAGAAGUGAUUUAGACAACGACGUCGUAAAAAAAUCUGAAAUGGAACAUAAUAGGAACGAAUCAAGUUUUUGUAGCCAGAGUUCUACGUGGUGUAAUAAAUCAUCUAUUGUCAACAACCAAAUCAUCAGCGCAGCGUCAUCUGUGUCAAACGAUAUGUCAACAGACUCGUCUUCAUAUCCAAAAGGAUUUACAAAAAGAGCGCGGACCGCUUAUACGAGUUCUCAAUUAGUUCAAUUAGAAAACGAAUUUCAUCAAAAUCGGUACCUAUGUCGGCCGAGACGCAUUGAGCUUGCUAACUACUUACAGUUAUCAGAAAGGCAAAUCAAGAUAUGGUUUCAAAAUAGACGUAUGAAGUAUAAGAAAGACAAUAAACAUAAUAAACCGAGCUCAUCGGUUGACGAUAGUAGUCCAUCAACCAGCUCCAAGGAACUAUCGCCCAGUCAAGAUCAUAAAAUGAGUCACGGAAGAAACUGUGGAGGUCAUGAUCGCCAUGGACGAAUACUUAUGGAAGGCCAUGCCAGUCAUCAUAAAAUUUAUCUUUCCUCAAACGAAUCGCUCUCACGUCCACCUGAAUGUUCAUCAAUGAGCCCAAUGAAGUCGGUUAUAAAAGUGCCUCAGAAUAAUAUUGAAUUACCAGCUUAUACGCCUAAUCUAUCUUAUUCAUCGUACUAUGCAACCGGAGCCACCAGGAAUGCUUACUCACCAAUGGCCGAAGUCUAUCGAUACAGCAACGAUGAAUCAUUACAAACAAGUGCACAGACAUUGUCAACGAUGCAAUCGGAUAACUAUGUUCCAAACGGAGUUAAUUUUAAACUUACCGAUGAUAUGGGACGUUACUCAUCAGGAUCCACGUAUUAUAAUCCACUUUCGACCGGAGUUGUAAUGCAUACUCCUGCUGCGGAAACAUAUGGAUUCAGUUCAACUGUGCCUACGCUAAACACUCCUACGUAUGAAGAUAUUACUUCUCAGAGUAGGACAAUCUUACAAAUACCACAAGAUUCUUACUUUCAAUAUUUAUCGAAUUCCGAAGGCACUGGUCAACAUAAUUCAUCUACCGCUAACAAAUUCUCUUCCUACAUUACUUUGUAA